AAUUAGAACCCGAGGGUUGCGUGCGUGCCCUUCAAACUCCACAACGUCUGCGUCGCGACGAAGCUUCGGCCCCAACGCAAUUCAACAUCCGCGAGAGAAAAUCUUGGGCUUCGUCUCUUUGUUCAUUCGUGUUCUUCUUUUCGUUUCAUUUCUCUCCGUAAUCGAAUCUGCAGAAGGAAUCGAUUCUACCGGAAAACUACGACCGUUGAUCGGAUAAGGCGACGUUUCACGGCGAUCGGCCGUUUCUUGUUUGUAUUCUGCUUCGUUACUGAUGGAGAGCUUGGCGCAAUUGGAGGCCUUGUGCGAGAGAUUGUACAAUUCUCAGGAUUCUGUGGAGAGGGCUCAAGCUGAAAACAGUCUAAGAUGUUUUUCCAUGAAUACGGAUUAUAUAUCCCAAUGUCAAUACAUUCUUGACAAUUCAUCAAAACCUUAUUCCUUAAUGCUUGCUAGCUCAAGUUUGUUGAAGCAAGUGACAGAUCAUACCCUUGCUCUACAGCUUCGUCUUGAUAUCAGGGCUUAUAUUGUGAAUUAUCUGGCCACGAGAGGACCGGAGUUGCAAUCGUUUGUGAUUGCUUCUCUCAUUCAACUACUAUGUCGGCUAACAAAGUUUGGAUGGUUUGAUGAUGAUAAAUUCAGGGAUGUAGUUAACGAAUCAACAAACUUUUUGAACCAGGCUUCCUCAGGUCAUUAUGCAAUUGGCUUGAGAAUUUUGGAUCAACUUGUGCAGGAGAUGAAUCAGCUGAAUCCUGGGCUUCCUUCUACACAUCAUCGGAGGGUCGCGUGCAAUUUCAGGGACCAAUCCUUAUUGCAAAUAUUCCGAAUAGCUUUGACGUCAUUGAAUUAUCUGAAAAAUGAUGCUGCUGGUCAUUUGCAAGAAUUGGUGCUUUCCCUUACCCUUAGGUGUGUAUCAUUUGAUUUCGUUGGAACUUCAAUUGAUGAAAGUUCAGAGGAGUUUGGUACAGUUCAGAUUCCAACUUCCUGGAGGUCAGUAUUGGAGGAUUCUUCUACGCUGCAGAUCUUUUUUGAUUACUAUGCUACCACAGAACCCCCUCUUUCAAAAGAGGCACUUGAGUGCUUGGUGAGGUUGGCUUCUGUAAGACGCUCUUUGUUCACAAAUGAUGCAACACGCUCAAAGUUUUUAGCUCAUCUGAUGACAGGGACGAGAGAAAUUCUACAAACAGGAAAAGGGCUGGCAGACCAUGAUAAUUACCAUGUCUUCUGCCGUCUUCUCGGGCGUUUUAGGUUAAACUAUCAGUUGUCAGAACUUGUGAAGAUGGAAGGUUAUGGUGACUGGAUACAGUUGGUGGCAGAGUUUACGUUGAAGUCUCUUCAGUCGUGGCAGUGGGCCAGCAGCAGUGUGUAUUACCUUCUUGGAAUGUGGUCCAGAUUAGUGGCUUCUGUCCCAUACUUGAAGGGUGAUUCACCGAGUCUACUCGAUGAAUUUGUGCCUAAGAUUACAGAGGGUUUUAUCAUAUCCAGGUUCAAUUCUGUACAGGCUGGAAUCCCUGAUGAUCCAACUGAUCAUCCAUUGGAUAAAAUUGAAGUCCUGCAGGAUGAGCUGGAUUGCUUUCCUUACCUCUGUAGAUUUCAGUAUGAAAGGUGUGGCCUGUAUAUAAUAAACACUAUGGAGCCUCUUCUGCAAUCAUACACGGAAAGAGCACAGUUACAGAUUGCCGACAACUCUGAACUGGCACUUAUCGAAGCUAAAUUGUCCUGGCUUGUGCAUAUUGUUGCUGCCAUUGUUAAGAUAAAGCAGUGCAGUGGCUGUAGUGUGGAGACACAAGAAGUGCUUGAUGCUGAACUUUCUGCCCGUGUUUUGCAACUAGUAAAUGUUAUGGACAGUGGGCUCCACAGGCAGAGGUAUGGUGAAAUAAGUAAGCAAAGGCUUGAUCGAGCAAUUCUUACCUUCUUCCAGAAUUUCCGAAAGUCUUACGUUGGUGAUCAGGCCAUGCAUUCAUCAAAACAGUUGUAUGCCAGAUUGAAGGAUCUUCUUGGACUCCACGAUCAUCUAAUGUUGCUAAACGUGAUUGUUGGAAAGAUUGCAACAAAUUUAAAGUGUUACACAAUGAGUGAGGAGGUCAUUGAUCACACGCUAAGUUUGUUUCAGGAGUUGGCAUCUGGAUAUAUGACUGGGAAGCUGCUUUUGAAACUGGACACCGUGACAUUUAUUAUUGCAAAUCACACUAGGGAGCACUUCCCAUUCUUAGAAGAGUAUAGAUGCUCUCGCAGCAGGACAACCUUUUACUAUACAAUUGGUUGGUUGAUUUUCAUGGAGGAUAGCCCUGUAAAGUUCAAGGCUUCUAUGGAACCACUAAAGCAGGUUUUCCUUACUUUGGAGUCAACACCUGAUUCACUCUUUCGCUCUGACGUGGUAAAGUUUGCUUUGAUCGGAUUAAUGAGGGAUUUAAGAGGAAUUGCAAUGGCCACGAGCAGUCGAAGAAGCUAUGGUCUUUUAUUUGAUUGGCUUUAUCCGGCGCACAUGCCACUUCUUUUGAGAGGGAUCUCGAAUUGGUUUGACACACCGGAGGUUACAACCCCAUUGUUGAAGUUCAUGGCUGAGUUUGCACUAAACAAAGGCCAACGUCUCACGUUUGACUCCUCUUCUCCCAAUGGCAUCCUUCUGUUCCGGGAAGUCAGUAAACUAAUUGUGGGUUAUGGUUCAAGGAUUUUGGCUCUUCCAAAUGUUGCGGACAUAUAUGCCUACAAGUACAAGGGAAUAUGGAUUUCACUGACAAUUUUAUCAAGAGCUCUUAAUGGAGGUUAUUGCAACUUCGGUGUGUUUGAACUGUAUGGUGAUCGAGCUCUGGCAGAUGCACUUGAUAUCUCUUUAAAGAUGACACUAUCAAUACCCUUGGCCGAUAUAUUAGCGUACCGUAAGCUUACAAAGGCGUACUUUGGAUUCUUGGAUGUUUUGUUCAGCCAUCAUAUCAUCUUCAUAUUGAAUCUCGAUACUCCCACCUUUAUGCAUAUAGUAGGUUCCCUUGAGUCUGGUCUUAAGGGAUUGGACACAAGUAUUUCAUCUCAGUGUGCAAUAUCUGUAGAUUAUCUUGCUACAUUUUACUUCAACAACAUCACCAUGGGGGAUGCACCCUCUACACCUGCGGCUCUGCGCCUUGCACAGCACAUUGUGGACUGCCCUAAUUUGUUUCCCGAGAUAUUGAAGACACUGUUUGAGAUUGUUUUAUUUGAGGACUGUGGCAAUCAAUGGAGCCUCAGCAGGCCAAUGUUAAGCCUAAUUCUCAUAAGCGAACAGAUUUUCUCUGACCUGAAGGCUAAGAUCCUUGCUUCACAGGCAGUGGAUCAACAGCAGAGACUGGCUGUAUGUUUCGAUAAUCUCAUGGCAGACAUUACACGCAGCUUAGAUUCGAAGAACAGGGACAAGUUCACCCAGAACUUGACGCUUUUCAGACAUGAAUUCCGUGUCAAAUAGGAUACUUACAACAGAUCUCCUCGCCAAAAAACAAACAACCGGCCGACCCCUUUAACUGUAUCCGUGGGUGGUAACAGAAGAUGCCUUGAGCUACAGGUGCAGAGGGGACAAAAAGGUUUUGUUUCUGUUGGAGCACAGUUUACUAAAGUUUGUGGCAUUUGUACAGUUGUUUUUUCCUCUGUGGAGGAAAGGUAAGAAGAAAGUACACAAAACUUUUGUGGGAGAGUUUUGGACGGUGGCAUUUUACAAAUUGUAGUUUCAAGUUUCAAUCACCUCCGGGGUGGAAUCAUUCGUUGAACAGAUGGGAGAAAAAAAAGAGUGUAAAAGCACUGUUGGUAGGUGUUGGUGGUUAUUAUUUUAACAAAGUGUGUGUGGGUUUAGGGAUACUGCAUAUUCUUUGUAUUGGGGUUUGUGAUUUGGUGAAGGAAUGACCAAGACGUCUGAGUCUAAUUUGUAGAACCGAAUGAAAAUGCAAAUUACUCUGUUUCCCCUUUUUUGUAUGGAAAUGUUGCAUGUA